GUCCAUGGGGUCACAAAGAGUCGAAUAUGACCUAGCAACUCAACUGAAAUUGGGGAAGAUCUGAGGCGAUCUCCCGGAUAAUUCAAUCCCCAAUCCAGCCCAUAUACUGCCUUGGGUUCUUUCCAUAACAUAUAUACGCACAUAGAAUUAUUCAAAUUCUAAAAACAGGUCUUCUUGUAAAGGUAGUUAAACCAGUCCAGUGUGAAUACAUUUGGUGGGCCCAAGCUUUCUUUGUGAGGCUAAGUACUGUAGCAUUCAGAACAAAGGCUUAAGAAUCAGGUAGACCUGCAUUCAAACCCUGCCUCUGCUAACAUCAGAUCUAAGAGAUAGCACUUCAGUUUCUUCACCUGUGAACUGGGAACAGUAGCAGCAAUAAACUCAAUGGACUCUUACGACCAUACGUCAAGAACACUGCAUGGGUUUGGAGAAGCAAUUUUUAAUGUUACUAUUAAAAUCACCUCCAAGUUUACUGAGAUUUUAUUAAUGGAUAGACUAAGGACUGAGACUGCCAAUUCUACAUUGUUCGAUAUAGUUAAACCAUGAGCUCAAAUGGCUCAAAUGCAUCCCAUCCUCUGACAUUCCUAUAGGCUUCAUCCAGUUGCUGAAUUUGUGGGGGGGUGGGGGGUGGUAAAAGAGAACCAGAUAAAACUUUCCCAUUUGAAGACAUUUUUAUUUUGGUACCUGCCUGAGUCCCUGGCAGGAUGGACCUGUCCUCUGUGGGCAAUGGGGUGGCCCUGCCUGGAGGGGGUGGUUGAGGGAUGGGACAAAGGCGUAUGUGACAGCGACAGGUCACAAAGGACAGUGAGGAUAAAUAUGGCCGCACAGGGGGUUUAGGCUGAGAGAGUGGUCACUUCUUUCACUAGGACUGCAGUUUCACAGCCUCUCGCAGAGACAAAAAGCCAGAAGCAGAAGUGAGGUGAGGCUGAGCAGGAGCCUACCACACCUCUACAACAGCCUUGAGGAGACUCAGCCUGGGGUCCAGGCUCCCUGCAGCAUCCUCACGGGGAUUACCCGUGCCCGUACCCCCACCGCUGCCUCUGGGAGGCUCUGUGGGGUGUGGUGGGGUUGGGGGACCUGCCGUGGAGCCGCCUGCAUGACACAGGAGACCGCGGCUCCCUCUUCUACCAAGAAGGCCAAGGAAAGGAAGACCCAGGGGCCCACCUCACCAGGGCGGCUUGUCGUGAUCACAGCCAGCCAUGAGCCCGGAGUCUCUGCUACCGUAUCACACGGCCCAGAGCAGCGCCGGAGCAGGCCUGUUCACCACCACCAGGGGCAAACUGCAGCGGCAACUGCACAAGGGUGAGUACGACAUAUUCAAGUAUGCCCCGAUCUUCGAGAGCGACUUUAUCCAGAUCACCAAGAGGGGAGAAGUGAUCGACGUGCACAACCGCGUCCGCAUGGUGACCGUGGGCAUCGCAUCCACCAGCCCCCUCCUUCCCCUCCCAGACGUCAUGCUACUGGCCCGGCCGGCCACCGGCUGCGAUGACCACGGCCGCGGCCAGACCACCAAGGCCAAGAGCCGCAAGGCUGCAAAGACCUUAGAGCUCACCAGGCUCCUUCCCUUGAAGUUCGUGAGGAUCUCCAUUCACGACCGCGAGAAACAACAGCUGCGCCUGAAGUUCGCCACCGGCCGCUCCUGCUACCUGCAUCUGUGCCCCCCGCUGGACUCGCGGGAAGACCUAUUCACCUACUGGGAGAAGCUCGUCUACCUCCUGCGGCCGCCGGUGGACUGCCAGAGCAGCACCUACGCCAUUCCAGCGGGGGAUGUGAUCUGCAUGCCCGUGUUCGAGGAGGACAGGAGGACCGCGGCGGCCGUGGAUUUCCAAGGCCGGGGCGAUCAGGACCAGGUAAGCGUCAGGAGCCUCCACGCGGGCUCCGAGGUGGCCGGGGCCACCUCUGCAGCUUUUGCCGGAGGGGAGGGCCUCCAGCUGGACUUCUACAAUCCCGAUCCUGGGCCUGACGGGGCCAAGGCAAACACCAAACCCAGCCAGCUCCACGAAGAGUCAGCAGAGGGGGCGAUGACGCAGGUGGCCUCAGCAGACGCCACAGAGGGUGAUCUGAACGUGACCAAGUCCCAUGCCUCUGAAGAGCGGAGCACGGCCCUUGAAGUCACCGUCACCAAGGGCCUGGGAGGAAGCAAAAGCAACAUAGCCAUGGCAGGCGCUGCCAAAAGCUCCCUGAGGACCAGGAAAACGGCCUUGGCACACGCUGCCAAAAACUUGGAGUACCGUUCCAGCACGUCCACCAGCCUCUCCCCGGAAGCCAGCGUGACUACGGUUGGAGUGGAGGCCACCAGGAAGACCGCCAGACGAAAAGCCGAUGAGGACGACGAGGGGACCCUCAUCUCAGCCUUGCCGCAGGAAGACCGAGAGAGUGAAGAGGAAGACAGGCCCCAGGUGUCGCAGGCCCGCAGGGGAAGAAGGGAGAGGAAGGAACACCGGGAGAAGGAGCGAGCUCUCAGGGGCUCACGUCCCCGCGGGGCAGCCGAAANGAGGAAGGAACACCGGGAGAAGGAGCGAGCUCUCAGGGGCUCACGUCCCCGCGGGGCAGCCGAAACCCGCCCCAAGCCCGCGGGGGACAAGGCGAUUCGGAAGACGGCCGGCAGGUCCUCAGGCGGCCGGAGGGCCGUGAAGGAUGGCAAAAAGGAGAAAGGCCACGGCCGUCUGGGCGACAGCAAGCGGGGCGCGGAGCACAAAGGCAUCAGCCACGCUCCCAUCACCAAGGAGUCCCGGAGCUUAUCUGCCGGGAGUUCACUGUCCAGCAGCAAGAGACUCAGCAGGAUCAGCUCUUUCUUGAGGAAUGUCCGAGCCAGUCUCACUCCCAAGACAGUGGCCUUGUCACACAAUAAAGAUGUGGACCUCUUGGAGAAGGUGGUGGAAAGGAAAAGAAUGGAGGCCAUCAUGGAGACAACAGAGAGUGGCCAGGGGCUGGAAAUCGCUGGGAGCGUGACAUCCGAGGCCAUGGAGACAGUGACCGUUGAAGCUCAUCAAUAGGACCUAGAGCUGAAAGCUGCAAAGGGGACCAGGGCUCAGGGAAAUAUCCCUGGCGAGCGUAUGCCAGCUUCCUUACUGCAGCUUAAAUAAAAGAACCAUACAACCUGAGAACGGCCUGCAGUGUUCUCUCUGCAUUUCCAGGUCCCGCAGCCCGGC